AAUCCACACCCGGCCAUGGAGCCGCCGGUGCUGGAGCUCACGCCGCCCUCCUCCAUCCUCCUCCUUCCGCACCUGCGCCAUGGACCACCGGCGCUCGAGCUCACGCCGAUCUCCUCUACCUCCGCGCCGCGCGCCCCACCCUGUCCCCAUCCCCCUAUCCUUCCACCUCCAAUCGAGCUCCUCACUGCGGCGGGAGGCAGCGAGCUCGAGCGGGCCUGGAAUGGGGCGGCAAUACCUUCGGCGAACCCUCGCAGCCCCAACAAUACCCGCGCCGCCGCUGCCGCCACCAGCCUACACCACCUCCUCCACCGCGCCGCCGGCCUCACCGCCGCGAGUCCGCUUUCCUCCUCCGCUACCUCCCGGGCACCCACGCCUACCCCCACCUGGGCCGCCUCCUCCAGGAACCCGCCGGCCUCCGCCUCCCAGGGGUGAAAUCAAGGCCGCCAGGCCUGGCGCCCGACCCGAAGGGGCUUCUCUCCAUGGACCCCGGCGAGCCGUCCCGCCUCCUCGAGUUCCUGCGCGAGCUCCGGUGCCGGAAGGGGGUCAAAGAGCAUGUCCUCGCCCACGGCGAGCUCCGCGCCGCCGUCGCCGCUUGGCGGCGGGUGGAGCUUCUGCACGCGCGGGCUCACCCGUCACGACGCCCUGCGGGUGAUGGAUGGGUAGAGGGGAAGAAAGGUAGGAGGAAGAAGAUGGAUGGGUAGGGGAGGCCCACACGUCAGUCAGAUUAAGAAAUAGAUGUAGUGGGGGUAUUUUGGACUAUACCUAAAUACGGUGGCCUGCAAGUGGACCCGAGAGCAUCAAAGACGUACAAAAUAGCACGGUAAGAAUUGUAAUGGCAUAUUUACGAAUAGCUGAAUUGUAUUUCUCCAAACUCGCAAAGUUGAAGUGGCAUAUAUCCCACGCAAAAUCCCCCUUCUUCCGCACUCGCUUCUCGGCUUUUCGCAUUCAACCGCUCACCAUGGCCGCCGCCGUCGAAGCCGCUGGAGGCCGGAAGGCCAGCUGCUUCUUUGAGGUCGGCCGGCGCGAUAUCGGCUCCUCCUUCCCCCGCGCCUCCUCCCGCCGAAUCAGCGGCUCCGAGUAUAUAGUGAUGCGGAUGACUCAGUAUGGAAAAUUGCGUGGUCAUGAUGGCUGUGUUAAUACCGUGAGCUUUAACCCUGCUGGUGACCUUCUUGUGUCCGGUUCAGAUGACACGAACAUCAUACUAUGGGACUGGUUUGCUAAAACUAAAAGGCUUGUUUACCCGUCUGGACACCAAGAAAAUGUUUUCCAUGCUCGUGUGAUGCCGUUUACUGAUGAUAGCACCAUUGUAACUGUUGCUGCUGAUGGCCAGGUAAGAGUCGGGCGACUGAAGGAGGGCGGCGAAGUCACAACCAAACUAGUUGGGGAACACGAUUCCCGGGUGCAUAAGGUGGCUAUCGAACCAGGAAGCCCUUACAUCUUUUACAGUUGUGGAGAGGAUGGCUUGGUACAGCAUUUUGACUUAAGAAGCGAUUCAGCAACAAAGCUGUUCACCUGCUAUUCUUUCUUGAAUGACAGACGUCGUGUAAGACUGAAUAGCAUUGCCAUUGACCCGCAGAACCCUUACUAUUUUUCAAUUGGUGGUUCUGAUGAGUAUGUACGGUUGUAUGACAUGAGGAGAUUCCAGUUGGAUGAUUCAAGAAACAUAAACCAGCCUGUAGAUACCUUCUGCCCUAAGCACCUUAUUAAAGGUGGGAAGGUCCACAUCACCGGUAUUGCAUAUUCGUAUGCAAGGGAGAUACUUGUAUCCUACAAUGAUGAGGUUGUCUAUUUGUUCCAAAACAAUAUGGGUCUUGGUCCAAAUCCUGUAACAGCACAGCCUGAGUUUUUCGACCAGCUUGAUCAGCCACAAGCAUACUCAGGUCACAGGAAUUACCGAACUGUUAAGGGAGUCAGUUUCUUCGGACCAAACGAUGAAUAUGUUGUGAGUGGAUCAGAUUGCGGGAAUGUAUUCAUAUGGAGGAAGAAGGGAGGUGAAUUGAUGAGGAUGAUGAAUGGUGACAAAAGUGUAGUUAACUGCAUUGAACCCCACCCGCAUUUUCCUUUCAUGGCUACUAGUGGGAUUGACAAAACUGUCAAGCUUUGGACACCCACAGCAAAGAAAGUGAUGUCACUACCUAAGAAUGCAAAGGAAAUAAUAGCCUCUAAUGAACGGGGGAGAGAGGUUGACGCUUCACGAGCUGAGGUGACACUUUCAUCUGAUGUCAUCAUGCAUGUGCUGAGGUUGCAUAGGAGACAGUCUGAACUGCAUAGGGAGAAUGAACCUGCUGCUGGGGAUUUCGCCAGUGAUGAUGACGAGGCUUUCUACAUUGGAUUUGGCAAUGCAGAAAGGGACCAAGGGGAAAACUCUGACCCCAGGGAAUGCAUAGUGACAUAACGAAAGCAGGUGAAUUUUUAUCUUUGCAACCUGGCCCUGGUUUCAUGUUGGAGCAAACUUCAUAAGUUUUAGAUUCAAUUUCACAUACCAAGGUAUGAUGCGGGAUGUGCCUCCUACAAUGCACCCAGAGGAAUAUAGAUCAUGAUACUUAGUGGAGAAGCUCAAUAGGUAGCGCGGCAGUGUCCUCCUCGUGUGUUCUGUUGUAGUUUUACACAAUAGACCCAAUCUCCGAAUUGCGUACAUGUAGUCUAGUAACAUAAAUUGUGCUCGCAGCAUGUGUAAUUAUGAACUGUAUCUUGGCUCAUGGAGUCUGAAUUGUUGUUUUGCCCGUGCAAUAUGUACAUAGGCUUUCCUUGGUGUGGAAAUAUUGAGAAAAUCGAUAUUUUAGUUGUUU